GUUUAUACGCAGGACCUUGAACGCACCAUCAGUUCCUGGUCAAAGAUUCACCGUCAGAUAGAUCCAGAUGCAGUAGAUCGGCAUUCCUGCUGGGAAUUCUCUGGACAGGAAGUCUUUUCCCGGACCUUCGGUGCUUUGGGGAGAUUCCCAGAGAUGACAGGGCAACAUCUGGACGCAGCUGGAAAAUCAGCGGGCGAGGAGUGAGCGACAUGGACAGCUCCGUCACCCUGUGGCAGUUCCUGCUUCAGCUCCUGUUGGAUUCCAGCAACCAGCAGCUGAUCUGCUGGACCAAUGAGGAAGGGGAGUUCAAACUGCUGCAGGCGGAGGAGGUGGCCCGGCUCUGGGGGGCCCGCAAGAACAAGCCCAACAUGAACUACGACAAGCUCAGCAGGGCGCUGAGAUACUACUACGACAAGAACAUCAUCAAGAAGGUGAACGGUCAGAAGUUUGUCUACCGCUUUGUGUCCUACCCCGACAUCCUGAAAGGAGACGCCAGCGGCAGAACAAACGCCGGAGACGGACCUGCGGUCUUACCGCAGAGGGGGGACGGGUCUCUGCUGGAGGCGGAGCCUGCAGACAGGUCCAAGGUGGGGGCGUGUCCAGCCUCUCUGGGAUCUAAGCCGUCCAAUAGAAACGACUACAUUCACUCCGGCCUUUACACGUCCUUUCAUCUCAACUCGCUGCAAAACGGCCGUAAGCUCUUCACGUCCAUCAAAAUGGAAAAGCCUGCAGAGAAGGUUGGUGAGAAGAGGAACGCCACGGCCAGCGCACACGUCCAGGACACGCCCCCUCUGCUGCCAGCGCCCGCCGCCCCGCCAUCAGUCAUCAAGUUUGGAAACAGCCCCCCAAAGCCGGUGUCCAUGACGGCGGCGCCUCAGGUGGCUGUAGAGGAGACGCUGCCGGCCAUGCAUGCGGCGCCUCAGAGGGCCGAUAACCUGGGAACACACUCCUCCCUUCAGCCCGUCUACUCGUAUGAACACACCCGCCCUUCAGACGCCCCCCUCAGCCUGCCAGAGCUGACCUCAGCCAGCCCGUCUCCACACCUCGCUGCAGACCCGUGUCAGGAGAGCGGCGUGCAGAGCGAGGUGGACUCCGGCUCCUCCGGGUCUACGGAGCUCCCAGCUCUGCACGCCGCAGAGACGCAGCAGCUGGAGCAGGCGGACGCCGCCGGCCUGUCGCUGGACGAAACCAGCACGGUGGACGCUGAAACCAGCUCGUCCUCGGGGAGCCAGGCUCCGGGGAAAACGCGCAAACCGCCAAAAGUCCUGCAGAUCAGCCCGCCCGCUCUGCUCGUCACCGCGUCGGACUUCUCCCCCAUGAACCUGUGCAGCCCGUCGCUCCCCACCGCCUCGCUCACGCCCGCCAUGUUACAGACUCCAACCCUCCUGCUGACUCCCAGUCCUCUGCUGUCCAACAUCCACUUCUGGAGCACGCUGAGUCCCGUGGCCCCCCUCAGCCCCGCCACACGCCGCCAGGGAGCCCACCUGUUCCAGUUCCCGUCGGUGCUCACCCCCCAGUUCCAGAUCCCAGUACAGAGCUUGGACGGCACCAGUACGCCGGGCCCAUCUCCCCCGACCCUCAGAAAACAUAGGCCUCUAUGCAGCACUCCCCCCGACCGGCCCAGCUCACACUACAGCUCUUCAUCUUCACACACUCAGAGUCCGGCCUAUUUUGGGAUCCCGGCAGAUCAAAGAUGGAGAAAUCACCAUGGUAACGGUGGUCUGUUUCCACCUAGACACUCGGCUAUCGGCGUCUUUCCUUCUGUAGACUGACGUCUAACUGGGAUUUAUCUUCCCAGUCUAAACUCAACCUUAGAUUUAUUGGAAGAUUUUCCUUUUUUUAAACCUGGAAGCUCCUUUGAUGUUUUAGAUUCAGCCUAAACUUAAUCUGAAGCUUUUAUCAUCAGACAGAAAAACAAAACAAGGUUUUCCUUAAAAAAAGGAAACUUUGAUUUUAUUCAGUCUGUUCAGUCAGGCAGUGGGUCCCAGUGAGUCCCAGUGGUUCCCAGUGAGUCUCAGUGGUUCCCAGUGAGUCUCAGUGGUUCCCACUGGUUGGGUAUCAGUGGUUCCCACUGGUUCCCAGUGGGUCCCAGUGUUCCCUUUAGUCUUAUCCCUGUACCAGUGCAGCUUCUCCCACUUCCCAGCAUGCAUUGCUCCGCGUCGGUCAGAAUCCCUUCUGAUAAACAUGCUGUGGAGGUUUUCGUGUGACACCACGCCAAAGUCUAAGCGGCGUGAAUACUUUAGCGUCUCUGCAGGCGUAAUGAAAAACACGCAGAAUCCCUGGAAGCCAUUUUGAUCUGUUGCCUUCAUCUGGUAAAGAAGAAAAGCCAUAAAAUGUUGCAGACGUUCUCCUCAGGAGGAACUCCAUAGGAUAGGCUUUUAUUUUGGCGGGUCAGCGGUGCUCCCACUCAUCCUGUUGGCAGAGAGACACUGAUGGGAGACGUCUUUAAACUAGAAGGUGUUUAUAAACGGUGAAGAGUUGCCGGUUCAACAUCUAUCCGUCGGUUCCUGAAAAUAUUCCCAAAGCAGGAAAUGAUCGGAGCGGCGUCUCGGCUCAGCUCUUCUCUGGCGGCGCUCCUUUGACCUCCGCAUCUCUGGUGGUUCUGGUUACACAGACCUAUGAAGACUAGAUUUACCCACAGUAGCUGCGGUUGCCUCUGAAACCCACCGACCAACCAAACAUUAUGACCCCCCGGGGCCAGAGCCGGACCACGAUGAACUCCCAGCCAUAACACCCUUCAGUGUGGAAGUUUUCUAGAUCUGCUUUAAACUGUUCUGUCUGUGAUGGACGUUAAUGGCGCCCUCUCAGAAGGAACCAAUCUGGUUCUAAACGCAGUGAUGUGGCGAUCACUGGGGGGUCAUGAUGUUUUGGUUCUGACCCUGACCUUUGCCCUCAGGGGUUUACACCCCGCCAGCUUAAAGCCAUAAGUCUGAGACGGACUCCAUGACGUCGUCUUUGCCAUCCGACAUCACGCUUGUUUACACGAUAGCCGCCGCCGCUCGGAGGGAAAUGGUGCCUUACCGCAGCCGGUUAGCAUCGCUAAGUUCUCCCGGAAUCUAAUGGAGCCCUUUUUGUUUGUUUUUUUAUUUCCGGUUGCCAUGUUGGAACGGACCAAACCACAGAAGGGGCGUGGCUAAGACCUGCCGCGUUCAGACACCGCUUCACCCGCGCAGCAUGUAAAUUAGCCGUUCAACGCCAGCAGCCAUGUUUGUUCUCCACCUGCCUCUAAACCUUUGCUCCCAAACUGUAUAAAGAUAGAUAUAUAUAUAUUAGAGAGAGAAAACCUGUUGGCAUAGUCUCCUUUUAUUUUCCUGUAAUAAAACUUUGAGAAUAAUUUCUAUUUUUGUAAAUCCGUAAUGUUUUUUUUUGUUUCCUUCUGUUUCACUUUGUGGAUUUUUGGGAAUCGAUGUCGACUUUUUUAUUUUAGGAAUCAGAGCCUUAUUGGGAUAAAAUCAGUCUGUUUUGUACGUUGACUGUUUUUUGAUAUUGUGUAGAUAUUGUUCAUGCAGAUGUUCUUGCACUUAAAGGUCGGGGUUCCUGUCUAAUUGGAUUCUCUCACUUUUCUAGGAUGAAAGUUUGUUGACUAAAGAAAUGUAUUUUUCUCUUCAUUAUGCACUUGUUUUUAUAAGAACAAAGGAGCUCAAUCAGUUUAUAUGGAGAAAAAAAGACUAAUUUUUAAUCAGGCACAAGUAUAAAUAUUUAUAGAAAUAUAUACGAUGCAUAAAUGGAGCGUUUUUGCAGUAAGUUUAUUAGUAGAUCUAUGAAAAUGAUCCCAAAGCCUUUUUCUGCACAUCUAACCUGAAUUCUUCUGUUUUUCCUUUAAAUGUAAAAAGCUGUUUUAAAGCAAAGACGGUUUCUGCUGUUUGGUGGAGUUUCUCUGUUUGAUGCUUAAUCCAAAUGUUUACAAGCUGCUUGUCUAAAGCGGCGUUUCGACGUGCGAGACGUCGAGGAACGACGUCCAGCAGGGAGGCGAAACGAGACCAAUAAUAAACCUCAUGUCUUUAUUCCGUA